AUGGGUGUUCCUAAAUUCUUCAGGUGGAUUAGUGCCAGGUAUCCUUGUAUCAAUCAAGUUUUACGUCCAGGGGAGGUUCCAGUCAUCGAUCACCUUUAUUUGGAUAUGAAUGGCAUAUUACACAAUUGUUCACACCCAGAAGGUUGCAAGAUAUCCCUUUCUGAGGAAGCCAUUUUCAGGAAUGUCUGUCUUUAUGUUCAGUUUUUAUUCAAUCUCAUUAAGCCACGUAAAACUUUCUAUUUGGCCGUUGAUGGUGUUGCUCCCAGAGCUAAGAUGACUCAGCAGCGUGCUCGUCGCUUCCAAUCUGCACUAGAAGGACGUAAAGCCAAAGAGAACUUGAAAGAUAAGUCACCGGACAUUCAACCUUUCGAUCCGUGUUUAAUUUCGCCAGGUACCGAGUUUAUGGAGCGACUACAUCGUCAUCUUGUCAACUUUGUGGAGAACCAUGUAAAUCACGAUGCUGAUUGGCAGUGUAUAGAUGUGAUCUUAUCCGGACAUGAUUGUCCAGGAGAAGGGGAGCAUAAAAUUCGAGAGUAUAUGGCUUAUCGUCGUAGUUCACCAGAUUAUCAACAAAAUGAACGUCAUUGCAUAUAUGGAAUGGAUGCUGACUUGAUAUUUUUAGGUUUGACAACUCAUGAAGUUAAUUUAUGUAUUUUGCGUGAGAAUGUUGUCAAAGUUCAAAACUGUUCAGCUGAUAAUAAACCUUUCUGUAUUACGUAUUUAUCAGUUCUUCGGGAAUAUAUUGAUUUAGAAUUUACGGAACUAAAGAAAACAUUACCAUUCCCUUAUGAUUUGGAGCGUAUUAUCGAUGAUUGGAUUUUUAUGGCUUUUCUUUUGGGCAAUGAUUUUAUACCUCAUAUUCCUAAUUUACAUAUACAUGCGGAAUCAUUAUUAACACUUUGGGAUACCUAUCAAGUUGUAUUACCAAAAUUAGAUGGUUACCUAGUAGAGUUUGGAUACUUGAAUCUGUUACGUUUUCAUAAAUAUCUUGUAGAACUUUCGCAAUUUGAACGUGAUUGGUUUGAGGAACGUGAAGCAGCUUUCCAUUGGAUGCGUGGAAAACAAGGUGCUCGAAUGGCAAAUGAACUGGAAAAACUCGGAUUAUCAGCUCAGCAAAAUCAGUUUACGUCUCAAGUGUGUACUAGUUCAGUGGGGAAAAGUACUUGCAACAAGAUUAAAACUGAUUCGGCAGAUAAACCUAAAGAUUUAGAUCAAUUAAAUGAUUUAGUAGAUUUAUUUACGCCACAACUAGACUAUCAAUAUGAUAAUGUUUUACUAGAUGAAACUGUUGAAUUAAUGGAAGAAGGUGUUAUUGUUUCAAUAAUACCUGAUAAAAUGAAAGAUAAAAAGAAAUCGAAUACAAAGAAUGUAUACAAUUCACUGUAUACUAAUCCACUUGAAGUUGAAAUGGAGAAGAAUGAUGAUGAAAUUGACUAUACUGAAGGGGAGACAGAUAUAGAUGAAGAUUUAUUAAUCUAUAAAAUGCAUCGACGUGAUUAUUACUUCUCAAAACUUGGCAUUCAAAUCAAUGAAGAUAUAAGUGAUAAUAGUGAAAAUUCUUUAUUAAUGUCUUUAAUUCAAGAUUAUGUAAAAAUGUUACAAUGGAUAUUAAAUUAUUACUUUCUUUGUAUUGCUGAUUGGGACUUUUUCUAUCCUUAUCAUUAUGCACCAUUUGCACAUGAUCUUAUUUUAUACACUAAACAAUUUUUAAAUGUUGAAGAUUUUAAUAGUAUAAAAUCUUGUUGGACAAAGUUUAACACAAACUCACAACCAGUUAUUCCAUUUAUUCAACAAUUAAUGAUCAUGCCAACAGACUCAGCAUAUUUAGUUCCAAAGCCUUAUCGUGAUCUAAUGACAUCAUCAUCUUCUCCAUUAGCUGAAUUUUUUCCUAAAGAGUUUGAAACAGAUAUCAACGGAAAAAUGGCUUCAUGGGAAGCUGUAGUGUUGAUUCCGUUCAUAGAUCAAAAACGUUUAAUCAGGGCAAUGGAAGAUGGAAAUAGUAAACUAACGGAAGCGGAAAAGGAACGUAAUCAGCAUAAAUCGCACUUAUUUUAUCAUGCUUGUCCUAUUGGUCGGGUCAAAUCUCCUGUUGAAUUAAUCCGCUAUGAUUUCUAUCGUAUAUCUGUUGAUUGUAGUCAAUCACAAUUCAUUCGAUUUUAUAGUUCACUUGCCCGUCAAUGUAUUGCUGAAGAUUUUCCAAGUUUAUUGAGACUACCGUUCACCUAUAAGCUACAAAAGAUACCAGUUCAUGUUUUUGAAGUACCCAGCAAGUUAGACAGUAUGGCGUUGACCAUAAAACCAAAUCCAGAUUUAUUGAAGUACAAAUGCCUUGGAGAAGUAGCUGAGAAUAUUCUUGGUCGACCUGUACGUGUUCGUUGGCCCUAUUGUGCCACAGUGAUGCCUGUCCGGUUAAUGAACAAUAAUGAAAUUUGGGAGCUUGUAGAUUUUAACAUGAAUCCAAUUAUUGAACCUUCAAGUAGUCUACCUUCAGGAUCACUACGUUCUUGUCAUAUUUUGUCAUCUGAAGAAUCAGAUAAUCCUGAUUCAUCUUCAGAAGGUAAACGUGAAUGCCUAUGGGUUGAUAAUCAAUUGUCAAGUUUAAAACGUUAUUUGCUUAAACGUCGAGGAAUUUUAUUUGAAUCAGAAUCACAUGAUAACGAUAAUCUGUCAACUUUCAAUUUGGAAUUAUUGCCAUCGUCAAUUUUAGUAUUUUCUCGUCCCUGGAUGGUUGAGAAUAUGAUUGAAAGUACUGGAAAAAGAGGUAGAAACCAAAAGACAUCUGAAGAGAAACCUUCCAUGAGUAUAGAAUCUGCCUAUGGUCAGUGUGAUGGCUUAGAUCUCGAUCUACUAGAUCUAGUCCUUCCUGGUCUACCUCCACCUCCUGCAGUUGGUCGUUGUGAAGCUGAUUGGGGAUAUACUAAACCUAUUCUACUACAUACUAUUUUUCAUCCUGGUAAAAUAGUAUUUAGUUUAGCUAGAGAAAAUUAUGGAUCAGUUGGAGAAGUUACUUUAGUGAAUGAAAAGACUGGUCAGGUAAUGGUCCGUUUCUAUCCUGACUCCUCUUCACCAAUUGAUCUGACUGAAUUUCGCAGUCAAGUUGAAGAAUGGGAACAUGAUGACUUUCACACAAAUAUCGUAGUUUCAGAACAAUUGAAUGUUCCUGUCUUCAUGGUGAAUAGAUUUACUGGCAGUUUAAUGGUUCAAGUUGUAUCUGAUAAUACUAAUAGUAACGAUAAUAAGCCUACUGGAGUAAAUAUAAAUUCACAAUCAGACGAAAAUUGUAAAAGUGAUAAUCCCAUGGAAAAUGCAAAAGAUAAAACUAAACAAAAGUUAUUCAGUAAUAUUGGUUUAAAUUUAAAAAGAAAUCGUUCUGGCGCCCAGGUCUUAGAACUGUUGAUCUACUUAAGGAAUUCAGUGAAAAAUGCAUCUAGUCGAAAUAAUGCAUGCCUAAAACUUAGUUCGAGUGAAGUUGACAAGAUUACAGAGUUCAUUUCCGAUUCUGGAUGUAGAAUUGCUCCAGUUUUACCUCAAAAUGGCAUGUAUUUAGAUAAGGAAUGGUUGAACAAAUUGAAAUUAUUAUAUUCUAAGAUGGAUGACAAAUCUCUUUGUGAUGUUUUUGAUCGUCUUACCUGGAGUAAAAAACCUUCAGUAAAAUGUUCACCUACGGCUUUGUUUGUUUCAGUGAAUUCCAAUACAAGAAUAUAUCCAUCUUCUUUUAAUUUAGCACCGUCUGAUCGUUGUUUUUAUUCAUCAAGUUGUUCAUCUGUAUUCAGUACAUUCACAUUAUUGGAUAGAGUUGUUUAUAUUGGUGUAGGACAAAAUAUUCCAUUGGGAUUACGAGGUGUUGUCAUUGGUGUACCUACCGGUGUGAGUUCACAAAAAGUCAACCAACCAUUGGAGAUCAUGUUUGAUAAACCAUUCACAGACGCUAUAGACAUUCGAGGAUCUGGUCCAUGUUGUGCUUUGGUCCAGCCAUCAUUGUUACUUAGACUACCCGAGAGUGGUAGUAAAAACGACCAAAUUGAUUGUCAACGAAAAUCAUGCAAACAAAAUGCCACAAAUUCUGCACAUCAUAAAAAAUCACAUGUACCGUGGUCUACUAGAGGACCAAUGCGUGUUUAUCGUCCUUGGCCAACCAACAAAUCUAAUCAAAAUUCUUUUGAUAAACAGAAAGUAGAGAAUCGUAGUUAUGGAAAUACACUAGUGAAUAAUUCUGCUCAUUCAUCUAUUACGCCUAAAUCAAACUCUAAACAACAUCAUUCACAACCAAAACAGCAAGAUACCAAGUCACCUAAAAAUAAUUCUGCAGAAGAUGAAAUUAUCAAGGAAAUGAAAGAACUAAAUCAUCUGUUGUUCUCUGGUGUUCAGUCCACCUCUUCUGCUUCGCCGAAUAAAUCUACUGGUGGUUCUGAUGACAAAAGAACUGAGAUUUAUUCUAGUAAAAACCAAGAGGAUAAUGUGUUCAAAUCUCAAACAAAUUCAGAAUUACCUUCUCCGUUGUGGAAUAUGCCAAGUCCACCAGAUAUACCUCUUCCUCCAACCUGCUGGUCUAUAACGUCUACUCAUAGCAAAUCCAUGACUGAUUUGAGAUCAAUUGCUCAAAAUCAAGGCAAGAAUUCGCUUAAGAAGAAUGAAAAAUGUGUACGAAUAAUUGUACCUCAUAAUGAUAGUUCUGUGGAGCGUAGUUCAAAAGGUUCCGCUAAACGUUUAGAGAAUCGUUAUAAACCAGGCAUAAACAGUGAUUCUCGGCAGAGAACUCCAGUCCAACUUGUUCGGAAGCAGACUCCAAGACCGAAUUUCGAAAUACCAAAUUUCAACGAAUCUUUUACAGUCAAUAUGGGUGCACCUGUUCACCAAAUGCAGCCUAACUGGCAACCGGCUUAUCAACCACCUCCAGUUAAUAGAUAUCCUGGUAUUCCGCCACCAUUCAUGUAUAAUCCAUGUAUGUAUGACCCACUUUAUAUCUCAUAUCCAUCUGUACCAUCUUAUCCUCCAAAUUUUGUUAGUCGUCCAUCUGUACCUCAAUUUCCACCAAUGCCUCGUCCAGACAUUCCUUUCUUCAAUCCUAUCAUGAAUCGUGAAAAUAGCAAUCGAUGUUUUAGUCAACUACCAGAACAACUGUACAGUAACCGAAACAGACCAGAUUUUCAUCGUCCAUCUAUACGAUAUGACAUGACAUCUCAACGACCAACAGCACCACAACAUACCAUCAAUCAACCAAGACGUUUUAUUCCUCCUCAGGUUAAUCGAACACGGCGACCUUAA